AUGAACUGGGUCUGCGACGACAUGCACAUCGUCAGUGACGUCAUGUUCUACGCACAGAACAUUGGAGCAGUCCUGGGACUGCUGUUAGGCUACAUGGGUGACAUGUACGGACGUCGCCCGCUGCAGUUGGCCUGCGUGGUGAUGCAUGUCGUCAGCAGGGUGGCGAUGCUGUUCACGCCGUCUCUGCUCCCGCUGUUUGUCGUGGCGGAGUCGCUGGUGGGGGGCGCUGUAGGCGUAAUGCUGGAGUCGGCGGUAUCUGUAGUUUACCGUUCUUGCGCCAGGUGCUGGGCCAAGCUCGGUCCUCGCAGUAAGGGUUGCUUUAAGACGGACGCUUUGGCUAGCAUUGCUCGCAACCCUCGACCAAUUGAAGCGAAGGAAAAAGGCUCACUUGGGAUCUCGGACUCGGACAGACAAUUACCAGACCAGAUGCGCUUCGCCUUCUCGACUGCAGGACGACGAGGACUAGUAGAAAUCCCUUGGUGGUUCCCCGAGUCGCCGCGCUGGCUGACGUGCAGGGGGCGCGAGGAGGAGGCGCUGGGCGUGCUGCGGCGGAUCGCGGCCACCAACGGCUCCAGCCUGCCGCCGUUCACCCUGCAGGUGCUGCACCGCGUGGCCAAGGCCAAGCGGGACCGCGUCGGCUACCUGGGCAUCUUCUCCAGCUGGAACCUCUUCAAGAACACCCUCCUGCUCGCCAUGGCCAGGUCCCUGUGCUGGAUGACGGUAUUAGCACUCGUACUGAGCGUGGGCAUCAUCAGCGUGAACCCGCUGGUGGCGGUGUCUGCUCAGGCCAUGGCGCAGGCGGCGUCUGUGCUGCUGCAGCACUACUGCGGGACCCACUUCGGGCGCCGGUGGUCCAACGUCGCGUGUCUGGCGCUGGUCGGUCUCCUUGGUGCACUCUGUGUCGUACUGCUCACAGUUGGUGUUCCGAGUGUCGCCAUGGCAGUGGUAAUGAUGGUCAUGCAGUUCUGGUCGUCGGCUGGUUCAGCUGUCAUCAACCUUCAGAGCAUCGAGGUGCACCCCACGUGUCUGCGACAGAUCACCGCCAGCGUAGAGUGCACGGUUGCUGCUGUUUGCAUGUCUCUUGUUCCGUACAUCGUCUUUCAGGGAGGCUCGGUGGACCGUAGGCUGCCGUUCGCCAUCUUGUCAGCGAUGCACCUGCUGGUAGCGCUGUCGGUGUCGUUCCUGCCGGAAACUGCGCUGCAAAGGCUGCCGGAGUCUCUGCAGGACGCCGCCGAGUUUGGCAGAGGGCGUCCCUACUGGAGCUGGAGACUCAUCGCCCCGCCGUCAUACGUUCAGGGACAAUAGG